CAAGCCCUGGUCGACACGAACUGCGUCAUCCUGACGGCAUUCCUAGACAGCCAGGCCCAGCGAGUACCUUUGUUAAGGCGGGUUUCACAUUGCAUUCUCUUUGUCCACUCAUAACAUGAACGACCUUGGCCUCUUUUCCGAUGGGAAAGAAGUCAGGCAUACUUCCCAUGCAAAAGAAGUCAUCAACAAGGUCGAAGGCAAUGCCUCUUGUCCUCAAGCAUGUAUCCUCAAGCAUGCGUUCUAUAGUUUCCGCAAUCUGUCUAACUUUGGCGGAGCCAGUACGCCUGGAACGUCCUCUAUGAGGGGAGGCCGCAUGGACCAUCUACGAAACACUGGGCGGAACCAUGAGCGCGACCGUGACUAUCGCAGACGACAGCAGGAGCAGCUUCAACAGUAUCAUAUGUUUGUGAUAUUUCGUCAUAUCAUCAACCACAUCAAAGACUCUGGUGGGUGGCAAAAAGUGUAAAGUCUCAGUCCACCACAUCAAUCAUCUUUUAAUGGGUAGACUAAAACUAUAAACUACUUCUACUUUUCGUCUUGGUGCAUAUUAUCUUUUGAAUCGAACCCUCUACGUCUACUUAAAAUCAUCACAGCAGGUUUAUCGUCGAGAGGCGGCGAGUACCAAAAAUCAAGAAUUUUCCACCUGAUUCGACAGCUCCGGGCAUCUCUAUCAUGCUGCGGAAUAUUCCGAAUCGGUACAGUUUCCUAUUAUCCGAGAUCGAUGAAGAACUCUCUCAAGAUAAAAUAUUUUAGUUUUUUUAACUACUCAAGACUACCUUUCAACAACUACCUUUCAACUGCCUUUCAACAACCUUUCAACUUCCUUUCAAGAUAGAUUCCAACUACCUUUCAACUACCGGCAGGUUAUCACCGAACCUAUUGCUGAAUUUUCUAUUCGCGAACGAUUUGGUGCGCAGAGAGCCGCUGUUCGCUCCGUUAUUUGAAGGACGUAGUCUCGUAGGCUGUUGGGCACUUGGCGACGGGUGCUGCUACACUUACAAAUAGUUUCUAUGAUUGUUGAUAGUUUCUUUGUCACUAGUGGUAGAGGACGUUUUCUGCUCUGAGCUAUACUUCCUACCAGACGCAAAAGGAAGUAGUGUGUCAAAUAGUAAGUAGUGUAUAGUGUGUAGAAGUGGUCUUUUCUACCCCUGGAGUGGGUACAUUCAUUCACUCACUCACUCGAUAGCUUCAUCUGUGUCCCUGACUUUCUCUCUGUCUUAGUCUUUUCUCCAGAGUAUGUAAUGAGACUUUAAGUUUUCCUCUGUAUAUAUGCAGAACUGUAGAGCUGAACGGUUUAGGAAUAAACGCCCAGCACUAUUCUGUCUGUUUUUUGGGGGCGUUUGUUCCUAAACUGGGAGAGAAUGGGGGUGACGCUAGAGAGAAACGCCGCGACAGGAAUAAACGCCGCGCCAAAUUUUCAAAAUCGUGCGCGUUUUUGCCUGUUGGGGGCGUUUAUUCCUAUACUGUGAAAAUUUGCCUAGAUUUCGUCCUCGUCUAACGUUCUGCGGGCGGGUUAGAGCGAAAUCUGUGAAAGUGUUAGAAAUCGGCAAAAGGUUAGCACCUAAGCCGCAUGGUUUAGCUCCUAACGCGGUGCGGCGUUCGCGCCUCUCCCCCACGCUAGAAGAGGCGCCGCGCGUCGUAGGCGGCAAAACGACAGGCCGCGGCGCGGCUCGGUAUUAUGUGCCUGGCCCUUGUGUGGGGUGCCUCGCUAGAGUUUGGGCCGUCGGUCUGGGGAUUGCGCCGCUUUGGUUGUUCGGUGGGCCCCAUGGAUUCCCCCCCCCGCCCCCCAGAAUCUCGAGGCAUUGGAAAACCCAACGAAGACUGGCGCCCAACUCUUCUCGGGUUUCUGGCGGUUUGGUUGGUUUCUUUUUCGUGUUUUGGUGCAGAAGGGCCGGGCAUUUUCUGCGGAAGAGGUGGGUGCAAGCACCUAGCCGCCUUGAAUAAGCUAGAAGCUAGCCGGGGUCUUGGCCACCCCGCUUUGCUUGACUCUCAGUCAUUCGCUGCCGUUCGCCUUUUCCUCUGGUAGUUGAGUUCACUCGGGGCCUCCUGGAGGCCCGCCAUGCGGAAGCGCAGGGGCGGGCAACCGCGGAAACCGUUGCGCCUUCCUCGUGUUCAUAUCUUCCGCCGUCAAAUUUAUUUGCGCCUCGCCCCCUUCGCGCCUCUCAAUAGGGUCGCGCGGCUUCGUCUCUGUCGGUCGUUGGCUCUUGUUGGGGCUUGGUCAAUUUUCUCCCACGUUCUUGACUUGUUUGUUCGCUCAGAGGCUUCUCGUCUAGCCGCAUACCCUCGCCAUCGAUAAGCCAUCGGUCCAUGGGGUACUUCUGUUCACUGGUCUGCGUUUGCAAGGACUUCGCCGUCGGCCACUUGCUGGGCCUUCUUGCUUCGCUGUUCUUUGUCCAUCUGGUUUAGGGCUUAACGCUCCCGCCCCAAAAUCGUUCUUUUCUGGCGUUCUCGAUUGUAUUGCAUGAGCUGCGAAGCCCCUUUGUUUUGCACUGGGGCUUGCUCUUGUUUAACGCUUUCAAAAAUCUUCGCCUUGUGCGUUCAUUCCUAGCGUUGCGUUAGCUUCUAACGCUCUGCACAUAUAAGUAUAUAUGUUCCAGGGGUGGAGGCUCCCGCCCCCUGUGGAUGGAGCGGCGGGGGCGUCCGCGCGCCCUUUUUUCCGCGGUGGUGACAUGUAAGGACCUCCGGGGGCCAAGGCCUCAAAAGGCGGAGCCGGAGGCUCCUGGCGGCUCUCCGCGUGUGCCCGACAGGCGUCCCGACUGUUGGACCUUAUCAGGGGGACGGCCUCCGGGGGAAGAAGGCGGCCACGGUCGCGAGGCCUGGCCCCUUUGGCCCUCGUCCGCAACAUGUGGGUGGGAAUCAGUCAAAAGCAGCCCCCGGAAGAUCCUAAAUUGCAAGAGUGAGCUCGAAAGGCCUCAGAGCUUUGGCUCUGAUGGGCGUCGCCUCAAGGAUCUGGAGGGCCCGGCCAUCGAUCUCGAGACUUUGUCGAGCACUGCCACGGAGGUCAAGAAAGUUAAUGCGCUUGCCUCCGAGCUGGGCAGCGAGUUGAAGUGCUCGACGGUGAUCAAUGUCCCAGGUCGUGCCCUCAGUCCCCUCAGCAAGGCCUUGGGCUUCGCUGACGGGAGCCGACAUGUUCUCCGCCCAGGAUCCUCCGGUGGGACUUCAGGGCAUGAAGAUGAUCGCGGGGGUCAAGAUGGGAGACACCACUAAGGCGACUGUCUCGGCCGCUGGGCUCGUGACUCAUAUGGCGAUGCUUCUCCUGAGUGGCUCUGUCUUCGCUCAACACCGAGCAGAUCAAGAGGAGGAUCGCCCGGCAGGACGCGCGCGCGCUCUAUGAAGGGAGAGCUUUUGCGGUCAAGUACAACAUGGAAACCGCUACUCUUUCGUCUAUCACCGGAUGCCGACUCACGAGAGGGGGGCUCGCCACUGGUCUGAUGUCGCGCGCGUCGCCGGCUACUUGUGCUCCGCGUGCUUCUUUCAGGCCUGGACGCUUUUGACAAGCACAGUGGCAGGCUUGUGCGAUGCGCUGGCCCCUGCCCUCCCCGGUGUCGUGCUUGUCUACUCCGCUCGGAAGGCAGGUGAGAAGGCUGCGAAGUUCUACCAGCGCCCGAGCACGACGCUGAAGCACCCGCGGGCGCUGAGGGGCGAAGAAGAUCAGAACCCUGCGGGGCAGCUUGCCCAAAUGGGUGCGGCCAGCCUACGGCUUUGACUCCUUGCACGGAUGGAAGCCCAAAAGUGAAGGCUCGCUAUCAGGUUCAGGGCAGCGAGCUGCGGCGCUCCGCCUUUUCGCAGGGGCGAGUGCUUCGCGGUCCACGCGGUGGCAACGGCAGAAGACCCGCGAGCGCACAUCGCCGAUCGGGAGGGGAAGCUAGCCCAUCUUCUGGAGGUGGGGCUGUUGCUUACGGUUGUUCAGAACUGAAACAAGACGGCGGCCACGAUGGAUUGAGAACCUCGGAAGGCCGAAAACCAGGCGACGCGUGAAGGGUUAAGGGCUCAAGGGGCACGCGCUUGCCCAGUGUGAUUGUCAGCAUUUGGCUACGCUUGUAGGCUGAUAGGUUGAGAGUGAGCGUCACCUCUUCGACAGGAUUUGGAGCGCCUUAGGGCUAGCUUGCACCUGAUAAAAGUAAAACUAAAACAAUUUAAAACACUUCAAGGAAACCCCUACUAUCCCAAGUUGUCGAACUUGUGUUCGCUGUCUUUUCGUGGUAGUGAUUUUCGGUCUGGGAAGCUGCAGCGAAAACUUUCUUUCACACCACCAAACGCUUGGGGGGGUGAGGACCAAAGGCGGAGAGGAGUGGGGGCAAGGCGUGCCCGCCUGGGUUCUGUCGGAUACAAGCAGCACGGCGAAAGGGGUCAAGCCUUGCCACCUGCUUCCCUCGGAGGCCUCUCACCUCCCAAGAAACUCCCCCGGUGAGGAACCCGCACCCUGGAGGCUUGUAGGGUACAACACGCAACAAGCCCAAGGAUGCCAAACUAGCCUUGCCACCUUUGCCACCUUCGGAAGCCUCGCGCCCCCGGUCUUAGUUGCUCCAACGGCCACAGGGAUGGGGGCUCAGUAGGGUCCAGGCAAGAAGCGGGAAGGGGUCAGCGGUGGGCCUUUGGAGGCCUUCCCGCCUGGCUGUCUUGCAGAAAAAAGGGUCAGGGGCGGGAGCUCCUCCCCCUCAAAAAGUUAGAUCGGGGGGGGCCUUGGCCCCUUGGACGUUUAUACUUCAUAGCAUGAGUUCACGCAAUAACUUCCAACUUGUUAGGCCCGGCACCGAAGGACCUUCUUCAGAGUUUAGUGCUUUGAAGCAGACACCGAGACAGAAUGGCCAAGGAGAAGAUCCGGGUUCGGCGAAUCAUGAUGAUGACACGAAAACCCAUGGUGAUGGGGAUACGGUAAUAUCCAGAUUGCUUUACAUAGGUAAAUAGCUAAGUUCUUUUAUACCCCAUGAAUGGAUGCAAGUGCAUAAGUACACUACUACUACUUACACUUACAGUUGAGCUGCUAUGUCGUGCUGGUGCUUACUUUACACUCUACAGAAAAUCGAUUUAGAAACGCCUAUUUCCAUACAACAGAAAGACACGCUACCGACUUCCUCCUUAGCCACCUUUGUGAUCACCCCCAUCAAAAAUGUAUUAUAGGUCUCGGUGUCAGAUGGUGAAUAUGUGCCUAUACCGAAUCCGAAGACUCAGGCAGAUUACGAGGACCUAAGAUCACGCCACGAAUCUGCUAGACGGCGAUUUGCAUGGGAGGAGUUAGUGUCAUGGAGUAAAGUCGAUACAGCGUUCUACCCGAUGCCUGACGACGGAAUACCGGGAAUUUUAUCGUUAGGUAUAACUUUUUCGCUUGUUUCGGUUCUAGUACUUCAUCUAUAUUUGAUGUAGUAGAUCUAGAUUAUAACUGAGUACUAGCGAUUAUAGGUUGCGAUUUUUGUUCUAAGACUACUAAAAAGUCUGAAGCGUUCUACUUCAUUUUCAUCACACCGUUUUUUCUACAGCAUCAACAGGGGGCGAACGUGCUCACAUCAGUCAAGAAUCCGGAAAUGCGACUGUUUUGACCGGCCCCUGGUCAAGGGAGGGGACAGUGGUAUCUGCGGCCUCCGAAGUUCUCGACCCCGUGGUGGCUCAGUUCAUCGAUUUUUGCGAUCUACCACAA